AUGGCUGAUAAUGAUGAUUAUGAAAUUUAAUAUUACAAAUAUUUAGAGAAAAUUGGAAUGACUCCUCCCAAUGUUAAGGUCAGAUAAACACCUUAGAAAUAAAACAAUAGUGGAAUUUCAUAAAGAUUAUUAUUCUAGAAUUCCUCAUAAAAAAAAGAACUGAAUUAUUAAAGAAUUAAUUCAAUUAUAGUAUUGAAUAACUAAUUAGAAAUUAAUUUAACCAAUAAAUAGAACUAAUCUAAAAUAUUAAAUAUCUCUUCAAAUUAAGAAAGUAAAAGUCCAAUCUUUGAUAUAUAAACCAGUUUAAUCUAACCUAAUGAAUAAAAAAAUGAAAAAGGAUUAUCUUAAAUUGAUGAAUUCGCAGAUGAAUAUUAAUAAGAAACUUCUAACAAAACUAAUUGUUAUGACUCAAAUAUUAGAUAAGAAUAAAAUAAUAACAAUAUUAAUCUAGAUUUUUCCUCUAUUCAAUUAAAACCAUUAAUCACCAAUAAAUUUCAUGAAGACAAUUAAAAUCAAACAGAAUAAGAUAAUUAACAAUUACAGUAAUGUUAAGAUAAUGAUAAUCAAAUAUCUCUUUGUAAUAAUUAAGACUUGAAUAUAAAAUAAAAUUAAUAAAGUAACUAAUCUUGUUAACAUGAUCCAAGUAUUAAAGAGAGUAAUUAAGAGCUAUCAAAGCAAAAUAGCCAAAUUAAAAUUAUCAUUGAUCAAAAUCAAGAUGAAGAAAUUGAUUAAGAAUAGCUUCAGUAAUAAAUCAGAAUAUAAAAUGAAAAUAUUGAAAAAAUAAAUAUCGUUGAUUUGGAUGUUAAUAACAAAUAAAACUUGGAAUCUUAACCUUAAAUAGAAAUGAAUCCAAAAAUUGAGACCCCUCCUAAAGAGAUUAAUAUGUAAGAAUAAAAAUAAGAUGAAUAUACUUGUUAGAUUUAAUCAAAAAAUGUAGAUAUUAAUUAUCAGGAGUCAUCAGAUAUACAAUUACAAAUUCAAAAUAAUGAUAUAGGUAAAACUUAAAUAUAAGUAUCUGAUAAUCAUCUCAUAAUCAAUUAAACAAUGGAAAUAGAGAAAAUAUAAGAAUCAUAAAUCAAUUAAGAAUAAUAAAUUAUCAAAUAAUAUUAAAAUAAUUAAGUAUCUCAUCCUCUUGAAAAUAAAUUAAAUAAUGAUCAAUAAAAUAAUAUUAACUAAUAAUAAUCAGUGGAAUAAAGACUUAUUUAGAAGAAAAAGAAAAAAUAAAAAAAAAGUAGAAUCAUUAAUAAAAAAAAGAAAAAAGAAAAGAAAAAUAAAGUUGAAUAAAAUGAAUAGAAAUUAAAUGAUGAAAAAAAAUAAUCUUACUAGAUAAUAGACUGUGAAAAUAAAUAAAUUUUGCAAAUUGAGGAAAAACCUAAUAAUGAACAAAUAAUAAUAGAAUAGGAAUAAAAAAAUCCUAUUUGUAAUCUAUUAUAAUCAUUAAUAAAAGGAUUUUAUGGGGAGAAUAUAAAAAUUAAUUGGAAUAAAUAUACCUUCUUAAAAAAGAAAAUUUAAAAGUAUAUUAAAUUUAUAUUAUUUAUAGGAAAAGAUCUAUAUUGUUGAAAUCUAAAUUGUUAAUUUGA